CUUUAACGUCGGCAAUCGAAUGUUGAUUGGAAAAUAUUGAUGGGACUUCCCAUCCAGCAUCCGCAGCCAACGAUCUCUUUCUCUCUUUGCUUGACGUUGGGAGCGAAUGCUUUUUCCAUCGCGAUGGGAAGAUCAAAGUUGAAAAAAAGAGUAAAACAAGAGAUCUCGACAAAAGAGCUGGCAGAAGAUAUAACAGAAACGAUGAAAAAUACACAAGUACCGAUAGAGGAUCUACCGGAAAAAUUUCUUUGGAUGCAUGUAAAAAGUGGAACCAAGAUCAGAAAUGUUCUUGGUUAUGCGUUAAAGGAAUUCCCCAAUCAUGACAGCAUUGUUUGGACGGGAACCGGACACGGUAUGGGAAAAGCCAUUUCUUGUGCAGAACUUUUUAAGAAGAAACACGAAGGCCUUCGUCAAGUCACGAAGUUAUGUUACGCCAAAUCUAAAGAAUUGAAAGAGAACGCAAGCAAAGAUACUCAACGGAUACCGGAAAUCCAUAUUUUGCUGAAGAAAGAGAAUAUUAAGGACACAUCUUCAAAGGAAGUACAAACCAAACAGAAAAGAAAGCUAAACGACAAUACCAACUCACCUUCAAAAAAAAAUAAAAAGAAAAAAACUUGAUUUGUUUCAUACACGCAUUUUGGAACGAAAAUUCUAAUAUGAAAAAUAUAUAGAAUAGUGAUAAAACUUAAUAUAUCUCUCAUAUGUAGAAAGUUUAUUUUUAAUUAAUACAUAUACGAUUUUCACAUAAACAAUCAUACAUAAUAUAUGUAUUUAUAUAUCGACUCGUCACACUCCCUCGCUUUAUUAAUCGUGUACUAUAACUCGAGGCUUUGUACUUACAAGUUGUAUAUACAAUAUUAUAAUAUUCUUUCCCAUUGCAUUGAAUAUAAAAAAAACAUGUAAUCUUAUGCAAGUAUAUUAAUAAAAAGAUCGUAUAAUAAACAUUUGUGAACGUAACUUAUGUGAGAUAUAAGACUUGCGUAUUAUAAUAAUAAAUAAAUUUGCAUCGCGCUACCAUCAAUUGAUAUCUUGUGUGUUCUCGCUUAUUAUCACAAGAUCUGCCUAAAAUUUAUCAUAAUCAUUUUUAUAACAGGAUAGUUUUAGAAGGAAAGCUCUUAGCUUCCUGAAAGCUUCUCGAUUAUAAUCAUCUUCGAUUAUAAUGUUGAGAAGUGAGAAAAUUCGCUUCUUACAUCAUAAUCUAAGAAAAUUGCAACGAGUAUCGAGGAGUCUUAAAUUCAUAAAUUAUUACAUCUAUAGAGAAUAUAUGUAUAUAUAUAUAUGUAUAUAUAUAUUCCAUUAUAAAUAACAAUUCUAUGCUACAGUCGCUACAUCUCAUUUGCUCAAAUAAUGUUUUACAAGGAUUUAACUAUGCGAUGACGAUUAUGAUUAUUUUAUAUUAAUAUACUCAUGUAUAUGUGUAAAAACAAUAUUGCAAUUAUUUAUGUAAAUUCAUAUUCUCUCUUUUGUUAUGAACUGAUAAAAUUUAUUCAAUUUCAUUUUCUGCUUUUCGGAUAUUUCCAUUUAAAUUGCUUUAGGACAAGUUUUUAUCUUUAUGUAACCAUUUUUGUGAGAAACUGAAUUUGUGUUAUAUAUUUUAUACAUACAGAUAGAGAGAAAGAAUAAAAGUAAUGAUUUAUUAUUAUAUAAUUAGUAUAAAUUUUUUUACUUUAGCAUUAUACAUAUUUAGUUUACACAGAGAAAUACAGUCUAUUAUUUUUACAAAAGAGAGUUAUAAAGUAUAAAUGUUACAUUUAAAAUGUAAAGACAUUGAAAUCACAUUU